AAGUCCCAAGAGGCCAGAUGUAAUUGUGAGGAACAGAUAGCAUCUUCACCUUCCUCCUCUCCUCUCCUCAAUCCUGCGAGCAGCCACCCGGACAGAGAACGCAACAGGUCUAAUCUUGGAUAGUCUGAAACAAGCUUUUUUGACAUAGAAUUCAAAUAACUGUUGCUGAAAUUAAUUUAUUCAUCUUUAAAUUAUUAUUUUGACAAAAAGUAGAGCAACUGUAAGAAAAGAUGAUUAGAACAGCAAUGGAACACGUAAAGAAGCAUCCAGGGCUCAUCCCCCAGUUCUUUUUCAUCUUGUUGGGAAUGGGAGGAGCCUCCUUGUAUUUGGUCCGUCUUGCAAAGGGGCCCCAUGUCACCUGGAACAAGAAGAACAACCCUGAGCCCUGGAAUCAGCUUGACCCUACCUACCAGUACAAGUUUGUGGCCAUCGAUACUGACUACAAGAACCUGAAGAAGGAGGGACCUCAAUUCUGAGUAUCUUCCCUCUAUCCUAACGGCACCAAGUCCAGCCCGAAGAACGUCACUGAAGAAUUCAAAUCUGAGAAGAAUUUGUCUCUCAACACUUCUAAUGUAUACAAAUAUUGGGAGAUUGAUCCAUAAUGUUGAUGAUCAAAUCUAUAAAUGUGUCUGUUUGUUUUAUCAUAAACACUUCAUUGUUAGUUUGACAGCCACUAAAUUUAACAAUGAAUGUGCGCAUUAUGAAAAGAGGCAAGAAUGUGAAUAGAUUUGUUCACCAAAUUACAGUGAACAAAAAUAUAAAAAUGCAACAUGCAACAAUUUCAAAAAUGUUACUGAGUUACAGAUCAUAUAAGGAAAUCAGUCAUUUGAAACAAACUAACCUGGCCUUUUGGAUUCUAGCUUGAAAUAUACUUAUUCAUGUUACCAUACCAGAACUUAGUGAUUACUUUACAUGAUGGGUUGGGAAGGUUACUUUCUAAAUGUAAUCAGUUAUAGUUACUAGUUACUUGUCCAAAAUUGUACUCAGUAACAUAACUUUUGGAUUACUAUUAGAUUACUUUCCCCUUAAGAGGCAUUUGAAGAAGACAAAAUGUAUGUUACCAAUUGAACAACAUCUAUUGCAGGAUAAAUCCAUGUUGAAGUUUACAAAGCUGGCCAUAUAUGGAUGUUAAAUUUUACUUUAUGGGUUGGUUACGUAGGCUUCUUCUAACCCAUCGCUUUCUACUACAUAUAAUAAUACAAUGAAAUUAUAUCUUUACAUUUAAAAAUCAAAGUCUAUUAGAAUUCCAGACAUUCCAAUAAAUGUUAUACCCCUUGA